UAGGUGCGUGUGCUUAACUUUCUAAACGAAAAUGGCGAACCCUUUCUUAAUGGAUGAUGAGGCGUUGGGAGGCAACGACCCAACGCCGAACCCGUUCCUUUUCGGGGACGAUGGUCCAGCGGGUGGUGAAGAGUCGGACAAUCCGUUUCUCGCGCAAGGUGGAGGUAGCAAUCCGUUUGCGGACUUUGGUGGUGGAGGCGAUGAGGAAAUGCCGAUGGCCGUCACCUCGGCGAUGGAUCUGUUCGGUGUUGGUGAUCCAGUGGUAGUGACGUCCGGUGCACAACUAUUUCUCGCUAGCGAUCAUGUAAUGACGUCUACGGCGGCACCCACUGGUGUAGCUGUGGGCCUUCCGGAUCCAGCGCUAGGGUCAGCCGUAGGUGCGCCAAAUGGUGGCGCAAAUGCUAACUUCUUCCACACCACAAUCAACGAGGAGGAUGAUCUGAUUAUCCCGAAACCGACGCACCUGCACCUAGGAUCGAACACUACGGCCGCCCUGAUGGAUCCGGACGGUGCGGCAGCGCUGUAUUCGAGCGAGGACGAACUAUCGCGCGGUGGUCCCAGACCCCACAAACCUGUUCCACCCCGUCCGAUACCACCUUCGACCGCCACUCAACAGCUGAUCAGUUCGAUCGCUGACCAGCUCGAUCAGACCAGCACCAAUCUGUUGCAGAAAAUCCCAGUUACCCGUACACCGAGCCCAGUGUCGAUGCGUGACCUUCACUCGCCGAGUCCCACGCCGGGAGAUUUUGGAGAUUUGAUGACGGGCAGCACCGGGGACCCAGUAUCCUCCGCCACCGGUGACAAUCCGUUUGCGGAUGAACCAGCUGCGGGAGAUACUAUAGCGCCGGUGCAGAAACCACCUCGCCCAAGGCCUCCUCCACCAAGACCAGCUCCCCCGAAAAGUUCGUUGGCAUCGUCUCCGGUCAAUCCACCACCUGCUGCUGCUGCUGCAACAGCUCAAGAACCGGACCUGUUCGAUCUGUUCGGUACGGGUCCCGCACCGAAACCGGCCGCGCCUCCCAAGCCACCUGCACCGAAAACGAAGGAAGACAUUCUGUCACUGUUCUCCCAGCCAGCACAACCGACCACGGCUGCAAUGGCACCGAGGCCCUCGAAACCGGACCUGCUAAGUGAUGAUCUGGACGAUCUGCUUGGGGGUAUGCCGGCGGCAGCCGGAACCGGAUCGGAGGCAGCAUUCGUCCCGAACUUGGCGGAGAAUUUGGCUACCGUUGUGCAACCGUUGGCGACCGUACCGACGGUAGUGCCAGCACCAGUUGCUCCAGUUCCACCACCGAAACCUCCGCCACCGGCCGUCGUACAGCAGCAGCUACAACAAAAACAACAGCCCCUUCCACAGGAAGUUCCACACCAGGAGGAACCACUGCCGGAGGAACCUCUGCAGGAAGACCAUUCCGCACCGGAAAGUUUCAUCGAACCGUCGCCUGAGAUUGUGCUGGAGGUUGCACCGGCAUCGGAUCCGAGCGAUGCCAUGCGUUCGGAGGUAUCGUCCGAGUACAGCCCGACUGGGUCGAAUAUUACGUCCGGCAAUAUACCUAGCUCGGUGUCGGGCAGUAUCGUUAAUCUGCCGACGCUCGACCGUGCACCGAUCGGCGGUAUCGAGAUGGAGAUGGACACGGCUCCGGAAGACGCGAUUGCGCCAGCCGAACCAAUCGAGCCAAUCGAUUACAACCAUGUGGAGCAACCUCACACGACGCUGUUCGAAGCGCCGGCCAGCGCUGCGACACAAUACUACGGUGAGACGCUGCAGGAUCAGCUGAUAGGCGGUACGAACGGUAGUGCCACGGUAAAUCCGUUCGCAAUGGUAGACGAUGAGGAACCGGCGAUGGUCGCACCAUCCGUUGACAGUGGAUUAGCCUACGCUAAUGAGCUGUUUGGGGCGACCAAUUUGGCGAACAAUAACAACACGAUGGUCUCGCAUCACCCGCCAGAACCGGAUGCGUUCGAUUCGUUCGCGGCCAAGUUCGAGGGCAAACAGACUGGCGUUAGUGGUGGUGUCGGUGGACUAACAACUGGUGCGACGGGACGCCCGGAGAACAUCUUCCUAGACGACGGUGACCUCGGUGGAGGAGGUGGUCAUGCUGCCGAGCUGGACGCUUUCGGUGGUGAUGCUUGGGGUACAGGAGCACCGGGUGGAAUGGGUGGGUUCGACGAUGCGAAGGGUGAUGGGUUCGGUAACGACGAUGGUUUCGAUGAUCCUUUCCUGAGCAUGCAGGCACCGCCUGCUCCGGAGGGCACACCCUUCGGAAGAUCGCACUCGCGCGAUUCGGACGAAGGCCGUGAGUUUAAUGUGGUAAUUCGGCCGAAAGAAGGCGUGGAGACACAAUACUCGGCUCUAGCGCUAGCACCACCACCCAAGAGCCCACAGACGGCUUCCAUCUACUCUGGUGACUCUUCGCCGCGGGUGAAUCCGUUCGAGCGCAGCGAUGAAGGUGAACCCAUUCCCGUGAGCAUGCCGGAUAAACCGCAGCUGGAGCGUACCGAUUCGCAGGAAACACCCCCGACGCCAUUGUUUGACGAGGAUGUGUCGCAACCGUUGGAAGAUUUCCCGCGCGUCAUCUACCACGGCGACGGGUGGGAGAUGCAGCUGCGCCAACCGAACAAGAAAAAGAUCACCGGACAACGGUUCUGGAAGAAGAUCUUCAUCCGGUUGGUGUAUCAGGGUGAUAGUCCGGUGCUCCAGCUGUUGAACGCGGCAACGGAUAAGGAACCGUUCCAGGAGCUACCGCUGCAGGCGUGCUACUCGGUGUCGGAGAUCGGUGCCCAGCAGUACGACAACUUUGGCAAGAUCUUCACGAUCAAGCUGCAGUAUGUGUUCUACAAGGAGCGACCGGGCGUGAGACCGGGCCAGGUGACCAAGGCGGAACGGUUGACGAACAAGCUGAGCCAGUUUGCGGCGUACGCUAUCCAGGGCGAUUAUCAGGGCGUGAAAGAGCUGGGCAGUGAUCUGAAAAAGCUUGGACUGCCGGUUGAGCAUGCGCCCCAGAUAUCGCAGCUGUUUAAGCUGGGCUCGAUGAACUACGAGGAUAUGAAGCAGUUCUCGGUAUGCAUUGAGGAGGCACUGUUCAAGAUGAAUGUGCAUCGGGAUCGGGCACUCACGUACAAGACUGAGGAGGUGCAGGUGACGGCGGUGGACGAGCUGUACGUCGAGCAGGACGCUGAAGGGCACGUGAUGAAGCAAAUCGCACGUGUCCGAUUGUUCUUCCUCGCCUUCCUCACGGGCAUGCCCGACAUUGAGCUGGGCGUGAACGAUCUGUGGCGUCAGGGUAAGGAGGUGGUCGGCCGCCAUGACAUCAUACCGGUGGUGACGGAAGAGUGGAUUCGGCUGGAGGGUGUCGAGUUUCAUACCUGCGUCCAGCAGGACGAGUACGAGCGUAGCCGCACGAUCAAGUUUAAGCCACCGGAUGCGUGCUACAUCGAGCUGAUGCGGUUCCGUAUCCGACCGCCCAAGAACCGUGAGCUGCCACUGCAGCUGAAGGCGACGUGGUGUGUGACGGGCAACAAGGUGGAGUUGCGUGCGGAUGUUCUCGUGCCCGGGUUUGCAUCCCGCAAGCUGGGCCAGAUACCGUGCGAAGAUGUCUCGAUACGUUUCCCUAUUCCCGAGUGCUGGAUCUAUCUGUUUCGCGUAGAGAAACAUUUUAGAUAUGGUUCGGUGAAAUCGGCCCAUCGGCGUACGGGCAAGAUUAAGGGCAUCGAGCGCAUUCUGGGCACGGUCGAUACGCUGCAGGAGUCGCUGAUCGAGGUAACGUCCGGGCAGGCAAAGUAUGAGCAUCACCAUCGUGCGAUUGUGUGGCGAUGUCCGCGGCUGCCGAAGGAAGGCCAGGGUGCCUACACAACGCAUCAGCUUGUCUGCCGGAUGGCACUGACCAGCUUUGACCAGAUCCCGGAACAGCUGGCACCGUACGCGUACGUAGAGUUUACGAUGCCGGCGACGCAAGCCUCUCACACGACGGUGCGCUCAGUCAGCGUGCAGGACUCAGAGAGUGACGAACCGCCGGAGAAGUAUGUGCGCUAUCUCGCUCGUCAUGAGUACCGUGUUGGCAUUGAACAUACUACCGGUGAGUCGUUAAAUCCUUACCUAGCAGCGACCACCGUUACGAAGCAACCGAUCCAGGAAGAACAACCGAUGGCAACCACACCGAUCGCACCGAGUGAUUCUGACUCCGAUUCCAACUAAAAAAAAAAACCAUCGCUGACCAGUUCGUGGAUGUUAAAUACUCACUAUACUGAAUACUCACACAACCAACAAACAGACACGCAGAGUCAGGAUUCUACGCUACUAUUACGUAUUGAUACAUGCACAUGUGCAUACGGAUGCAUGCAUUACAUAUAAUACCAUAGAGGGAACUUAUAGCUGUUAUUGAAUUAUAUUAGUUGGACAAUAAAAAAAACGACACAGACACACACACACACAGAAAGAGAACUGGAUGAGAUAAGAGAGGGACGAGAUAAAAAGACAGGGAGAGAGAUGACACUGUUUCUCCCUGGUGUCUGUAUCUACCAGCACAGCGCGACCGGCUUGUUAAGCUUAACUAACACACACAAAACCGGGAUUUAAGUUGCUAUGUACCCUGUUUCGGUUUCGUUCAACCAUGUGAAGCGUCUUACGACAUUGCCCUUCGUUUGCUAGAUUGAAAGCUUCCUUUCCUCGGUUUGGUCUAACAAGAUCGGUCCAGCACGGUACGGUAGUAACAGACGAGAAACAAUUGUGCAGUCAGCAGCAAUACUUAGCUUUUACAGCCGAAUGACCGAAACGCACGUUGUAUCGUUAGUGUUUGUGUGCCAGGUGUCUACGUGAAAGCGCGUUGCAGAGUAAGAUAUUAAUUAGGGGACUAGGGCACAUAAUCUAUCCAAAAACACACACACGUAUCUACACACGAACAGUCUUGUGCUCGAGUGUUGGUGGUGGCGAUAUAUAGCAAUUUUGUUUAAAUCAGGCUCCCUUAAGCUUAUCCGUUAAAUGCUUACAGCCACCAUGGGUAGGUGUGUUGGUUACUAUCACCCUUCAGCUGCUGUGUCAAGACGUUGCACCUGCACACCCCAUUACGCCAAUUGCCCGGUGAGCAUCUCACUGUACAUACAACUAUACAAGCUUUCUUUGUGUGGCGGUAACCAAUCCAGUACUUGCGACGGUGAUGAUUAUACAUAUAACUUCAAGCUACCUUAAGUAUAGUAUUAUAUCGCUUCCUCUAGCUGUACUGCUUACCCACGACCAAAUGGCCAAGGCCCAGAUAAUUAGGAAAUUAGUUAUGGGGAAGCACCGGAACCGGAUGUCGAGGUUUACACGUGUGAUCGCUUCCCAAUUUGUCAUUCCCAUCGUUACGCGGCAGUUUAUUUGGAGCAUACGUUAGACGUGUUUACGUAUUCCUAUGAACUGGUUUCAAUCGGUCCGGGCUAGUCGGUAUAGUGCUUUCGUUAGGUUCGUAUGGUAACAUAUCAUUAGACAUUCCAAUGGCAGCCAUUACCGUUCAAUGGUUCUCUCGUCCGGGUACGUUCCUUAUUUACUAGUGCGAGCAGAUAAAGCUCCCUAAUAUUUUUUUUUGCUAGUUUAUGUGAUUUGAUCUUCAUUUAUCUUCUCGCAUCCCGACCUUCCUGCCUACGUUGCUUUACCCACGAUAACAAGAGUUUUUAAAAGAACGCAAACUUUAAACCAAGAAUUAUAUACCACGGUUAAGUCGUUGUUUGUUGAUUGUGAAUGAGACUAUGUUAUAAUUUGCGAUGUUAGGAUGCACAGACACACACACACCCGAAAGGGUACGUAAAAUUGUUGAAACACGUGUUUGGUGGAAAAAUGGCGCUGAAACUAGAGUGAUUGCAUACAUAAUAGACACAUAUGGUUCACACCAUUACACUUACCCUGAUUGAAACAAAAAGAAAACAGAACGAAACGUAGCAAAUAUAAACCAACUAUAGUAACUAAACAUAGAAAAGCAAAAACCCCUCCCAAAAAAAAAAGCAAAGAAACAAAAGCAAAACCCUAUAUACGUGUAACAUGGUUGAUUAAUGUAGACAUUGCUAUUGCUAGCCGGUGAAAGGUAACAAAAAAUCGAAAUACGAAAAGUGAAAGUGAGAAACGAAAAACUAAACAUUUCUCCCUACCCCGGUGAAUGAAAAAAAAAAAAACUAUAAAGACAUAAAAAUAUAAAGAAACGAUAUAAAAAAGGAAAGGAGACAAAAAAAAAACACAGCUAAUAAUAUCGCGCAAUAAAGAUAUUUCGCUCGAAAACGGCUGGUAGAAGAAAAUCAAGCAAGAGGAAAAAAACACAGACGGACGAGAUGCGAAAAUAAUAUACAUAUAUACAUAGAUAUAUUAUAUAUAUAAAUGAGAACAAAAAAGGCAAAACUAGAUAUAUAUACAUGAAAGAUAUAUACAUCACCUAUUGGGCGAGUUUACAACACUAUUCGUACGGGUGGCGAUGCGCAGCUGGAAGGAUGUAUGAGGGAUGUGGAUUGAUUGAAUGAUUCAAACUUCAAAUCAUUUGGCCAUUUGGGUUGGCUUUGAACGAUCUAUACCGGGCGGGGGCGGGAGAAGGAAUAGGACAGAUACAUAGCAAGAGUAUAAAUGAUCUGCAGGCAGUUAAAACUACUUAAAGUAGCUCUAUUCAACUCAUUAAAAAACAGACACACACAAAUAACAGUUCAGUAUUCCCUGCAGUGUACGGAUGGUGGUCGUUAGGCCGCUCGCCACCGUACCUGGUACCGGACCAGGUUAAUAUUAUACACCCAAAACACGAUCAGCAAAAACCCGAUAAGAUGAUAACAUGUAUGCGUCAGAUAGCAGGUAAAGAAAAUAAUCGAUACAGGCAAAAAAGGGCAUUAUGUCGG